CCGGGGGCGUCCCUGGCCCGCCUACCUCUCGCGCCUCCUUUCUGUGAGCCCGUCUCCUCCAGCCGCCUGCAGACCACCGCUCUGUGAACUUCUGUUCGGCUCUACUUACAGUAUUCGAUCACCAACACCAUGUCUGCUGGAAACGCUAAGAUCGGCAAGCCUGCCCCAGACUUCAAAGCCACAGCAGUUGUGGAUGGACAGUUCAAGGACAUCAAGCUGUCGGAUUAUAGAGGGAAGUAUGUGGUCCUCUUCUUCUACCCUCUGGACUUCACGUUCGUGUGUCCCACUGAGAUCGUGGCUUUCAGCGACAGAUCUGAUGAGUUUCGCAAAAUCGGCUGCGAGGUUAUUGGGGCCUCCAUUGACUCUCACUUCAGUCACUUGGCCUGGAUCAACACACCAAGGAAGCAGGGAGGUCUGGGUAACAUGAAGAUUCCCCUUGUCGCUGACCUCACCAAGUCCAUCUCCACAGACUAUGGUGUGCUCCACGAUGACGGCAUUGCAUUCAGGGGUCUGUUUGUGAUUGACGACAAGGGUAUCUUGAGACAAAUCACCAUCAACGACCUGCCCGUGGGCCGCUCUGUGGAUGAGACUCUGCGCCUGGUCCAGGCUUUCCAGCACACCGACAAGUAUGGAGAGGUUUGCCCUGCUGGCUGGAAACCUGGCAGCGACACCAUCGUCCCUGAUGUUGAGAAGAGUAAAGAAUUCUUCUCCAAGCAGUAAACGUGACCCUUUUCCAACUGACUUCCUAAAACAGCACUUGGCUUCUAAUGAAAGUGAAGCAGUACCAUAACGUCCAAUCUGUUAAACCGAGCAAAGUUCUGAAAGUUGUUAGUUGCAGUUCUUAUCUUUGUACGUCCAGUGUACAACCGGUGGGGCAACCUCAUAGUCUAAAGCACUGAAAGUUUAGUUGUUUCUUUUUCAGAAAAAAUUUGUAUUUUCCUCUGUCAUUAAUCGCAUAACCAUCUUUAUUAAAGCAGUGGGAAAAUUA